CAAACCCUAAAAACACAAAAAUUAAUGGGGAAGCCAAACCAAAACCAGAGCCGGAACGUCCAAAACCAUUCCAUCACACACUUCAGCCAUCCUCAUCGCCUCGAUCUCAUCCCUCCAUCGUCCCCAUCUCCACCGUGCUCCGCCUGUAACCUCCCCGGAAGGUCUACGUACUCAUGCAAGCCAUGCAACUUUGCCCUCCACGAGUCAUGCGCCCAAAUGCCACGUGUCAUGACCCACCCGUCGCACCCUUCUCACCGCCUCACCCUCCUCGCCUUUCCUGCCUACGUCGCUGGAUGCUUCAACUGCGACGCUUGUGGCCUCACCGGCACAGGGUUUAGUUACCACUGCUCCAAGUGCGAGUACGACGUCCACGCUCUCUGCGCCAAUAAUCCUCUUUCCGUACGGGACAGGUCGCACCCUCAGCACCAGUUGAAGCUCAUGUUCGAGUCACCGUACGGUCCGAAAGGAUUCUCCUGUGACGUGUGUGGUCGGAUCGGGAAGAACCAGUGGCUUUACCGGUGCCCCACGUGCGAGUUCGACGCUCACGUGAGAUGUGUUGCGACGACUCAGCCUCAUCUCCAGCACGUGAGCUCUGUCCCCGUUAGCUAUGGCGGCGGAGGAAACGCUCAUCAUCUCGAUCAGCAUAACUCGUUCCCCGGGCAUAACGGAGGCGAUGUUAAUUCCGUCAGGCCCAUUGGAGGAAACAUCAGACCCAAUGGGCCUCCUAGAAAAUAUAGGCCCAAUAUUCAAUCAGGAUAUCCUAAUGGGCCUGGAGGGCAGAAUCGUAAUUUGGGCCUGAAUAGUCCAGUUGGGCCUAUCGGGCGUGAUGGGAAAAUGGGCCAAAGUUUCGGCCCAGUAGCAGUCGCCGACGCUGGCGGCUACGACCGGGUAGCCUACCAUGAAGGCGGCGAAGGUGGAGACUCAUACGGCGGAGGAGAUGAUGAAUUUGGUUAUGACGAAGGCGGUGUAGUAGACAUCGAAGGAGAAGAUGCAACAUAUAGUGAAAACAAUUUUGGAGGCGGCCGAGGUAGCGAUUUGGGCGGCGGCAGCGAUUUCGGCAGCGUUAGCGGAGGAGGUGAUGACGUGUACGGUGGUGAUGAUGCUGAUGAUCUUUAUCCAGCUGACGUGGAUGCCUCGCAACCGGCCAAUGGACCUCAAGAACCUAAUCAAAAUAUGGUAAUGAGUGGGCCGGUUCUUACUGGACCGGGUAAUAUCCGGUACGGUCCGACCGAGAGGCCGAGGAACAUGAACCGGUACAGAGCAAGUGGUAGGCCUAAUGAUCCCAGAAAUACGAAUCGCCGUACGUAUGGUUAUGGGCCUCAACCCAAGGCAAUGAUUAGAAGGCAAAAUAACCCUAACUGGCCUGCGACUAUCGUUAAUGGGCCUAAUUACUUGGGCCCAGAUAGUUCAAAUGGGCCUGACCAAAUGCGACAGGACCCUUCUCAAGGUGGAAUGGUCGAUGAAGGCGAUAUGUACUUUGGUGAGGAGUAUACUGGUGGUUACAAUGACGAGAAUUACGAUGAAGGCGAUGACGGUGGAAGUGUUUACAGCGGUAGUUAUUGCGAAAGCGAUUUCAGCGGCUACGUCGAUAUCGGACGAGGCGACGGAUAUGACGAUAUGUAUGAUAGUAUGGAGGGGGAGAUGCAUCUCCAAGCUGAGGACGAUUAUGUGCAAUCUACCGGCGGAUUUGGAGAUCCAAACCAAUUCACACCAAUGGGCCCACUAGUAGACCCAAACCCGAACCGUCCUAGGCCCAAUGGGUCUAGAAAUUUGAACAUGAAUGGACGAUACGGUGGGGUGAGGCCCAAUGCUUUGACUCGGAGGACGCGAUAUGGGCCGAAUGCGGCAGCUGGGCCUAAUGGGCCUAAUGGAGCAAAUGGGCCUAAUGGGCUUGGAAGCGCGGCGAUGAAUGCGAUGGUUCAGGGUUUGUGUCAAGGAUUUGCUCAGAACAUGAUCGGGAACAGUGACGGCGGCGAUUCGGCGGUUACGAGCGUGGCAUCGUCUGUGUUGGGAGGCUUAUUAGGCGGCAACUCGGAAUCGUGAAAAGGGAAAUCAAAAUUUUAUUCAAGAUUUGUUUUGCUUUAUUUAAUGUGAUAUAUUAUUUUUUUUAAUACCUGGAUUAAUGUAAUUUUUUUUCCUUUCAAAAAUGUUUUUUUUCCUUUUCGUUAGAUUUGUUGUCGUCAUUGUUGUUACU